GCGGAAGUGCGUUUGUUGUUCUUCCUGUUUGGGGUCUGUCGGAGCGCACAGGACUCGGGCUGCAUGUCUCCGCUGUUCCCCCGGUGAUCCGCGCUCUACCGCCGCCGCAUGAAGAAUACCAGUAAUGCCAAAGGAAAAAUAUGAGCCUCCCGACCCGCGCAGGUGUUACUCCAUCAUGGCGGCCGACGAAGUGGCCAGUGGCAAAAAGUCCCAGUGGGCGGAGCUGGAGAUCUCCGGUCGCGUUCGCAGUCUGAGCAGCUCCCUCUGGACCUUCACUCACCUCACGGCGCUCCACAUCCAGGACAACAAUCUGAGCCGCCUGCCCCCUGACAUCGCGCGCCUGCCGCACCUGCUCUACCUGAACCUGUCGUCCAACAAGCUCCGCAGCCUGCCCGCCGAGAUGGGCAACAUGGUGUCUCUCAGGGAAUUGCUUUUAAACAACAAUCUUCUACGAGUCCUGCCUUAUGAACUCGGGAGGCUUUUCCAGCUCCAGACUCUCGGACUCAAAGGUAACCCUCUGUCCCAGGACAUUUUAAACCUUUACCAGGAGCCGGACGGUACCAGGAAACUGCUCAACUACAUGCUGGACAACCUGGCAGUCCACCCGGAGCAGCUCCCACAGAGGCCCUGGAUCACCCUGAGAGACCGGGACCAGAUCAACUCCACAGCGGUGUUCUCCGUCAUGUGUUAUAACGUGCUGUGUGAUAAAUACGCCACGCGGCAGCUCUACGGCUACUGCCCGUCCUGGGCCCUGAGCUGGGAGUACAGGAAGAAGGGCAUCAUGGAGGAGAUCACCCACUGUGACGCAGACAUCAUCAGUCUGCAGGAGGUAGAGACGGAGCAGUACUACACGUUCUUCCUGGAGACCCUGAAGGAUCGUGGGUAUGACGGAUACUUCUGCCCAAAGUCUCGAGCCAAACUGGUGUCAGAGCCGGAGCGCAAGCACGUGGACGGCUGUGCGGUCUUCUUCAAGACUGACAAGUUCACGCUGGUGCAGAAACACACUGUGGAGUUUAAUCAGGUUGCCAUGGCAAACUCGGAGGGGUCAGAGGUCAUGCUGAACAGGGUCAUGACCAAAGACAACAUCGGGGUGGCCGUGCUGCUGGAGGUGAAGAAGGAGGUGUUCUCCUCAGGUCUGAAGCCGUCCACCGAGAGGCAGCUGAUCCUGGUGGCCAACGCUCACAUGCACUGGGACCCCGAGUUCUCCGACGUGAAACUCAUCCAGACCAUGAUGUUCCUGUCCGAGCUCAAGAGCAUCCGGGAGCGCGCCUCUGCGACCUCUGACCCCUCCGCCACCCCCGACCCCUCCGCCAUCCCCAUCGUGCUCUGCGCCGACCUCAACUCACUGCCAGACUCAGGUGUGGUGGAGUACCUGAGUAACGGAGGCGUCGCAGAGAACCACAAAGACUUUAAGGAGCUGCGCUACAACGAGUGUCUGUCCAACUUCAGCUGUAACGGGACGGGCGGAGACGGGAGCAUCACCCACAGCUUCCAGCUCAAGAGCGCCUACGAGAGCAUGAUGCCCUACACCAACUACACAUACGACUUCAAGGGUGUGAUCGAUUACAUCUUCAUCUCUCGGCCCCUGCUCUCUGUGCUCGGGCUCCUGGGGCCCCUGGACUCUCAGUGGCUUCUGGACAAUAACAUCCUGGGCUGCCCUCACCCGCACAUCCCCUCCGACCACUUCUGUCUGCUGGCCCAGCUGGAGCUGCGGCGCCCCCUCCCCUCCUCCAGCAUCAACGGCAUCCACGCGCACAGGUAGUGGAGCGUCACCACUGCCCACCAGCUGCUGCGACGGGACUUUGUACAGAAUCCAUCCAGUAAUAUCCAGGGAGAACAGGGCUGUGUCUGAACGCAGUAAAAGUCAAAAGUCUGUUUAUAAUCCGUUGAUUUUAACCAGGGGCGGCGCCGGGUGGGGGCUUGAGGGGGCACCAGUUUCUCCGAGAAUAACCAACGCACCCCUAAAGAUUAUUUCCACAUUUUCAUAGGACUCAUUCUCGACUAAAAAUGUUCCAAAAGAGUCUAAAAUGUGACAAAAUAAAUAAAUAAAUGUAAAAAUAUGUGUUAUAUAUCGCUACGGGGGCUCACUACAUUAAAACUUGUUCAAAACAGUGAAGCAAACACGAUAAAAGGCUUGAAAUUAAUGAAGUGUGCGCCCCAGUUGAACGACUUCUCACCCCAUACUUCCUCCUGGCGCUGCCCCUGAUUUUAACCGUGGUGUAAUUUUGUUUUAGAGGUGGGUAACGUAACCGUAGAUUAAAGCUGCACUACGUAACUUUUUCGGUGGAGGGUCCGUCAGACGCUUUUCCCAACGAAUCAGUCAGACUUUUUUUACCGAGCCCUUUACAACACUCAAGGUGACCGAAGUGCUUCACGCUGAAAAAACCCCCCCAAAAAAAACGUGUUAUUGCUUCGCCUGGAAUGUUCCGCAGUAUCUAUCGUCAUGGAAACCAAGCCAGACCAAGUUACGGGUCAGACCUGCGGAGAGGCGACCCCGCUCACAGUCAGAAUCCGUGCUUUUCGAGUUUUUUUUUUUUGAGCUUUAAAACCAGCCGUAAUUGAAUAAAUGCGAACUAAAGCUGCUUAAUGCCUCAUUGCGGAACAUUCCAGGCGCGGCAGUGGCAUCACCAUAGCAACAAGCAGGCGACGGACUCCCAAGAACCCAAAAAAGUGACAAAGUGCAGCUUUAAACGGUUCGGAUAAAUGGGUAAAUUUAAAUUUUUUUUUUUUUUCUGUUUUCUGUACAAUGCGUCGCUCAAACUCUGACACGCCCACCUCUCUCCUGAUUGGUCGGUUUCAGUCAUGCCCCGAGUGAGUGACGCAUAGAAUUAACCAAUCACAGAGAAGUGUGUUCACCGGAAUCCAAGCUCGAAGUUCGAAAUGGACGUUUGGGUGUAAGUAAACGUACGCAAACAAAUUUAAUAUGCGAGAGUUUGACACAGGCCCGUCGAUGGAAAUUUGAGGGCCCGGGGCAAGAACCUCACAUGGGGCCCCCCCCCCCUUUAAAAUAAAUAAAUAGGAAGAGGGUACAACAGGCUUUAAUCACGGAGACUGGGAGACGUUUGGAAACAUGCGGAUGACGUUUUCCGGUGUAUUUCCCGACACUGGGCAAUGUGAUAAAACUGUGGAUUCAGCAGCAGCGUCUUCACAACCCGACAAAGAUUUCCACGGGGGACGGGACUUUAAUCGUGUCUUCGAUGUCACCAGUGGUGUAGUGGGGAUUUUUUAAGUGGGGGUACAUGAUUUGUGAUCCCUCCCCCUCUAAACCAGGACUGAACCAGGACUAAACCAGGACUAAACCAGGAUGAAUCUUGGACUUGAGAGAGAGAACCCCGAGCCUGUGAAGCAGAGUAUCGCAUGGUUUACUCCCGGUUUAGACCUAGUUUAGUCCUGUUUUAGUCCAUGUUCAAUUCUGGUUUAGUCCUGUUUUAGUCCUGGUUCAGUCCUGGUUUAGACCUGGUUUAGACCUGGUUUAGACCUGGUUUAGACCUGGUUCGAACUGAUGUAGUUCUGGUUUAGUCCUGUUUUAGUCUCAUUUUAGUCCAUGUUCAGUUCUGUUUUAGUCCUGUUUUAGAAAUGUUUUAGACCUGUUUUAGUCCUGGUUCAGUCCUGGUUUAGUCCUGGUUCAGUCCUGGUUCAGUCCUGGUUUAGUCCUGGUUUAGUCCUGGUUUAGACCUGAUUUAAUCCUGGUUUAGCCCCGAUUUAGUCCUGUUUUAGUCCUGGUUUAGUCCUGGUUCAGUCCUGCUUUAGUCCUGGUUUAGUCCUGGUUUAGACCUGAUUUAAUCCUGGUUUAGCCCCGAUUUAGUCCUGUUUUAGUCCUGGUCCAGUUCUGUUCUUUUUUUUUCUUUUUAAAAUUAAGUUAGACAAAUUAUAACACACAAAUUAAUAGGCAAUUUAUAAAAGCAAAAAGACAAAGAAUAAUGACGUCUCAAUGAAGAAAACCAGCCCCUUUUUCUUAGUUUUCUCAGAUUUUAUCAGAGUUCCUAAUCUACAUUUGCAUCUUUCCAAACGUCUUCCGGUUUCGUGACAUAAUUCUGGGCCCCUAAAACCCUGGGGCCCCAGACAGCAGACCCCUUUGCCCCAUCCCUGUGUACGGCCCUGGUACUACAAACACUUUUAUCGUACUUUGUCUUUUUUUUUUUUUUACAUAAUCGCCAAAAAAACCACAAUCGAUUCUUACGUGCAAUAAAUAAAACUAGACGUGCGCUGGUUUUGGACACAGCCCUGAGACUCCGGUUCUCAUUUUAAAAGACCUUUUCAUGUGAACACUACUUUUUAACGAGAAAUAACUCUACACAAAUAUAUAUAUACACGGAAAAUGAGUCCAAGAAACACAAAACAACUUUAUAUCAGCAUUAAAAAACUCACAGAUCCAGAGGAGUGAAGUAUUGAUCACUACACUAUAUUACGUCCCAUUUAAAGCUGCAUUGUGUAACUUUUCUGGAGGGUGGAGAGUCCGUCGGAUGUGUUUUUCCGUGGAGGUGUUAUCACUUUGUCUGAGAUGUUUCACAGUAUGGCGUUAAAACUUUUUAUCUUCACGGAAAUCAAACCAGAGCGUAUGUUGUAAGGUCUGAAAAAAGAACCUAAUAACACAAAUUAUCAGAACAACAAAUGAUAUUGGCCGGGUUACAGGUCAGAUCUGUGGAGAGCAGAGUUGGGAGUAACGCGUUAUAAAAGUAACGAAUUACGGUAAUGCGUCACUUUUUGUUGUAAUGCACUAAUGUUACGGCAUUACAGGGGAAAAAAUAGUAAUAUCUUACUCUGUACAAAUAUCAGUAACGCGCGUUACAGUGUUUUUUUUUUAUCUGGAUUGAAGUGAAUUGAAUUGGUGGGUUUUUCUUCAUGCAAAUUUGCUAAAAUCACUGUGAUAUCAGCAGCGAUGAAACGCUGGAGGUGCGCCCGUGUAGACCGUCUAGCGACUUGGUUUAGUCCUGGUUCAGUUCUGGUUUAGACCUAGUUUAGACCUGGUUUAGGCCUGGUUUAGACCUAGUUUAGUCCUGGUUCAGUUUUGGUUUAGUCCUGGUUUAGACCUAGUUUAGCCCUGGUUCAGUUUUGGUUUAGUCCUGGUUUAGUCCUGGUUCAGCUCUGGUUCAGUUCUGGUUUAGGCCUAGUUUAGACCUGGUUUAGUCCUGGUUUAGACCUGGUUUAGUCCUGAUUCAGUUUUGGUUUAGUCCUGGUUUAGUCCUGGUUCAGUCCUGGUUUAGACCUAGUUUAGUCCUGGUUCAGUUUUGGUUUAGUCCUGGUUUAUACCUAGUUUAGUCCUGGUUCAGUUUUGGUUUAGUCCUGGUUUAGUCCUGGUUUAGUCCUGGGUCAGUCCUGGUUUAGACCUAGUUUAGUCCUGGUUCAGUUUUGGUUUAGUCCUGGUUUAGACCUAGUUUAGUCCUGGUUCAGUUUUGGUUCAGUCCUGGUUUAGUCUUGGUUCAGUCCUGGUUCAGUCCUGGUUUAGUCCUGGUUUAGUCUUGGUACCAUUCUGAAAAACAAAAACAAAAUAAUAUAUAUAUAUGACAAAAAAAAAGUAACUCUUAAGAGUAAAACAUCGAAAACUUUAGGAGAGAAUUCUCCAGUGUGAUAUUGUCAAUUUUUCAACAAAUUUUUCAACUUUUCUUCACAAAUUUCUUCUUGAUUUGCUCAAAACUACAAUUUAUAUUUAUAAUUUACAGCUAUAAUACCAACAAAUGAAAUCAAAAUUGAAGACUCAUACGCACUUUAAAGUCAUACUGUGGAACAUUUCAAACCGAGCAGCGACAUAUCCAUGGAAACAAGCAGGUGACGGACUCUAAACCGAAAAGUUACACAGUGCAGCUUUACGUUUACGCCAAGUUAUGGAAGUAAAUAAACUGAAUAUUAUAAAAGAUCAAGGGGCAGGAUCCAUUUUAUCCACAAAUGUCGACCCGGCUCACUGUUUUUAUUCGAAUUAAUUUACGCUGUUUACGAUGUUUACAAAUUUGUUUACGACGAAGCGACAUCCUGCCUUAAAAAUCGUCUCUGAAUUGGUACGAAAUUAAAACGUUCUUACGAUGUUGUUCCGCCAAUUAAGCCUGAAGCCACGAAUGCCUAAAGCCGCCGAUAAAUGCCUGAGAUUUAUAAAUAAUUCAAGGAUUAAAGGGUCCAGAUUAUUUUAUGAUUUAUGUUCUGACGUCGUUUCCUCGUCGCAAACAGACCUGGAGUUGUGUUUUUAUGUCGAUCAUAGAUAAUUUUUUGUUGAUAGUAGAUGAUUUCAGCGCUGGAAUUGCCGAUUUCUAUAGAACUAAAGGCAGAGUUGGGAAGUUUACUUUUAAAAUGUAUUUCCCUACAGAUUACAGAUUACAUAUCCCAAAAUGUAGUUUGUAACAUAAUCCAUUAAAUUACUUUAAAGUGAGUAAUGUAAUCUGAAUACUUUGGAUUACUUGAUAUUGUCUUGUUUUUUAAAACUACAGGAAUGUACCAACCACAUCCUGAAAAUUCAUGAAAAUUUGUUCUCUUCAACUUGGCCCUGGUUUAGUCCUGGUUUAGUCCUGGUUUAGUCCUGGUUUUAGUCCUGGUUUUAGUCCUGGUUUUAGUCCUGGUGUAGUUUUGGUUUAGUCCUGGUUCUGGGCCUUUGGACUUAAACUUCGACAAACUUUAUUGAUCCACAAGGGAAAUUAUUUGAACACGGUAGCUCAAACUUCACAUUAUAUUACAAUAACAAGUAGUAAAAAAUAUAAAAAAAUUGUACUAAAUUUCUCAAUAAGUAGCAAUAAAAAAUAAAACAAAAACAAAAUACAACUCCAGGUUUGUUUUUGACGAGGUAACAGAGUUUUUACGGCACACAAAACUCUCUGGAGAGUCGGUUUUGUGUGAUAUAAGACCUUUAAAUUCCUCACGUCUUUGCGUCAGAUUGAAUAUUUUGACGUGAGGAGGUUGUGGGUUAGACUCCUGAUCUUUCAGAGUGGAGUUUGCAUGUUCUCUCUGUGUUCUCGUCCCCCUCUCCCUGGUCCGUCCGUCCAAACUCGUGUGUCCGUCUGUAAACCACGAACAUGAUGCACAGUCCUUUAUUUUAAUGCAAUCAGCCAUGCACCAUUUCACUAUGCACUUUUUUAACGAAACCAAACUAUUUAUGACACUAGAACGAAAAGAAAGUCGUCCUGAAACACGAUGAACUCAACGGAACAUGGAAAUUAACUGGUGCGCUGUGUAACUUUUUGUUUUUUACUACAGGUGUGUCGUUGCUCUUCCCGGAAUGUUCCACAGUGUGACAUUAAACAUUUAUUUACAUCUUACAUUUAUUCAGUUACAGGAGGUUUUAUAGCUCAGAAAUACAGGGUGUCCCAAAAAAAUUUAACAUUUUUUGACAGUAAUUUUGGCAGUUCUUGUUGAAAUAACCUCAAAUUUUCACAGAAUGUACAGAAACGGAUCAAGAUUUUAUAUCUACCGUAUUUUCUGCACUAUAGGGUGCUCUGGAUUAUAAGACACGCUGUCAUUUUUCUAUUUUUGAACUUUUUUCACAUUUAAACUGCACCGGACUGUAAGGCGCAUUAAACGAAACACAACAGUUAGAUAAGUCAGUCAAACUUUAUUUAACACGUUCACAAUAACUGUCAACUUUGUUCAAUUGUAACAUGUAAAAAAGUACUGUCUGAGAUGCUAAAUUGUUGGAGUAUUCACAAUAAGUCAUACGCCCGCAUCCCUCUGUCAUGAUCUGAGUCAGUGUGGUUACUGUUCCCUGGAGUUCAGUUCAGUGAUGAUUCUGGUCUUGGUGAAAGCUCGGACCACAGUUGAUACUGAUCCUUAGCCCGGGCGUCCACGAUCCGUUGGCAGAUUGUGGCGUAAGUGGCUCGGCGCUGUCUCUCUGUCUUGGUGAAUGUGUGUUCUCCUUCUCUCACCCACUGCUCCCACGCAGCUAAACACACUGUCACUUUAGAAGAGUCUUGAGUUUAAAGUGGGCAUUGUGAGCGUGUCUCUUGACAGGUGCAUUUUGAUAUUAAAAGGAAUCACGGUGUGUUUUACUCCUGAUGCUUCCUGACUACGGGAGUCGUAAUGCUGCAAGUGGUGCGGCUUUGUACUUUACUAAAGUCGUACUAAGACACCCCAAUAAAUUCAUAUAUAAGGAGCUCUGGAUUAUAAAGCGCGCAAUUGUUUUUUGAUGAAAUUAAAGGCUUUUAUGUGCGCCCUAUAGUGCGGGAAAUAUGGUAAUUAAAAAAUUUAGGGAGUCCAAAAAAAUUUGACUUAUUUCGCCUGUAAUUUUGUCAGUUAUUGUUGAAAAAACCUCAGAUUUUCUCAGAAUGUAAAGAAACAGAUCAAGAUUUUAUAUUUAAAGGUCCGUGCACCGUUCGUUCUUUUGAAUUUCUGUUAAGAACGAAAAACAAUAAAAUGGCAAAUACGUUUGUUAUUCCAUUUUUCUGCUUUAGUGUAAAAAAAAUAAAAUAAAAUAGACCUCGCCGUCUAUUUCCAAUAUUUAAUUUAAAGUUUAUUUCAGCUAAGACCAAUCAAAAAACAGUCUUGGUGCCUAUUUUUUAAAUCUUCAUUCUUAACUGUAAAAUUGUUGCAAUUUUUUUAAACACCUCGUUUACUUUCGCGUCCUAGAAAGUCGCGGCGAUAAACUUCGUUCACUUGACACCGUAGAACUACAAUAAAAAUAUUUCUAUUAUAGAUCCAUGGUUGACGCAGCAGCAGAACUUCAUAUAAACCAGAGAGAAUAAAAUAUAAAAAUUUAAAUAGGAACCGAAAUCUGUGCAUCAUUCAUUCAUUCGAUUUUCUAAAUAAAACCAAAAAUAAGAAAACGGAAAAGCAACGAUUUUCUUCUUUGGGACACCCUCUAUAUAGAAAACAGACAUUCUCUCCACAGAUCUGACCUGUAACUUGGUCUGGUUUGGUCUCCGUGAAGACAAAAAGUUUAAUACCCAACUGCGGAACAUUUUAGACGAAGCAAUAACAUAGAAAAGCGAGAAAAACAUUUGACGCAACCUCCAACGGAAAAAGUUACACGUCACUGCGCACCUUUCAAAUGAAACCCAAAGCUCGUUUAUCCAGAUCAGUUUUUAGCAGGGAUGUAACAAUAAUCAAAAUAUCAUGAUAUCAUAUCGGCAAAAGUCUCACAGUAAUAUCGAAUCUCAAGUCUCUUCGUUUAAAUUCAUUGUUUUGGAGCAGCAGCAGCUAAAAAACAGUGAGAACUACAUAAACCAUGAUGCUUUGCUCCGUUUUAGUCUCUUCUAACUGUUAUGAAGCACUUUAAAGUCGUCAUUUUUGGGGAUUUUUGGACGACGAGAGAAAAGCGGCGUACUAAAAAUGUUGUAUUAUUUUUAUUUUUUGCAAUAAAUAUCGUAUCGAGAGAUUUGGAUAUCGUUACAUCCCUAGUUUUUAGUUUUUAGUUUAUAAAAAUGGGGCAAAACAAAAGACGAACGUGGGUUUAAAUGUGUGUCUAUGCUAAAUGAAAGUGUCUAAAGCAGGACAAAACUCUAUGCAAGCGUGACUCUGAGAAGGAAUUUAGUAGUAGAAGUAGUAGUAGUAGUAGUAGUCCUGUACGGUCCUCCAAACCAGAAAAUACCCAAUCAAAAAGUACUGCAUUUGAAACAAUCAUCAAAAAACAAAAAUGUACGAGACGCUUUGCCUUAAUUUAAGACGAUAGCUUUAUUAUACCGCCAGCUUUAGUGUGAUUGCCUUGAUUUGCACAUAACCUCACACAUAAACCUGCAUCUACUUCACUCCUCUCACAGACGGGGGUUUGUAUCUUGACAACACUUGUACGUUUAAAGCUGCACUGCGUAAUUUUACGACUGGGGGGUCCACAGUGUUGACGUUAAAACAGCUCUACUUUACAUUUAUUCAAUUACGGGUGGUUUUAUCGCUCAAAAAUACUAAAAACACGGAUUUUGACUGUAAGCGGCGUCGCCUCUCCGCAGAGCUGGCCUGUAACUGGGUCUAGUUUGGAUAUGCCACUGCUCUGCCUGGAAUGUUCCGCAAUAUGGCAUUAAACAGCUCAAUCUUAUAUUAAUUUAUUCAAUUACGGGUGGUUUUAGAGUUCAGAAAUACUUUAAAAACACAGAUUCUGACUGUGGGCGGGGUCACCUCUCCACAGAUCUGACCUGUACUUUGGAUAUGUCCCUGCUCUUCUUGGAAUAUUCCACAAUAUGGCAUUAAACAAGUCUAUCUUACAUUAAUUUAUUCAAUUAUAUAUGGUUAUAUGGUUUUAUAGCUCAAAAAUACCUACAAAAACAUGGAUUUUGACUGUGAGCGGGGUCGCCUCUCCGCAGAACUGACCUGUAACUUGGUCUAGUUUGGAUAUGCCAAUGCUCUGCCUGGAAUAUUCCACAGUAAGGCAUUAAACAGCUCUAUUUUAUUUAAUAACAAGUGGUUUUAUCAUUCAAAAACACCUAGAAAAACACGAAACUUGAUGCCAUUUUGCGAAACGUGUCAGACUUCUAUCUCUCCAAUAGAAAAGUUACACAGUGCAGCUUUAAAACUGUGGUGGCGGGAGCGAGACGUCCACAUCCUGGAUCUUUGGUGUUUUAAAGCGGCUCAUUCUCAGAUCAUUUUUUGGGUUGUUUUUAUCAAACUCGGGGAUGUUUUGUUUCUAAAUGACAUGCAGUCUUUGUACAAUUAUUACAGUAUUACAGACUUUUGGAGAAAAUAAAUGUUGUCAUUAAAAGCA